CCCCGCCCCGCCCGCCGUCCCCCGCUCGCCUUCCAGCGCCGCUUGCGCUCCAGAGCGCUGGCUCUGCUGGCGCUAAGAAAUGGACCAAUUUUGACAAGAUAUAGUACUGCAGUGUGCCUGAUGGGAUAUAUUCAGUCAUGGCGUCCGAACUUUGUAAGACGAUCUCUGUGGCAAGGCUGGAAAAGCACAAGAAUUUGUUCUUAAAUUAUAGGAAUCUGCACCAUUUUCCAUUGGAGUUACUGAAAGAUGAGGGACUGCAGUACUUGGAGAGACUCUAUAUGAAAAGGAACUCCCUGACAACCUUGAUACCUGCACUCAAAUAACAUAGUUGUGGUUCCGGAAGCCAUUGGGUCUCUUGUAAAACUCCAAUGUCUGGAUCUUAGUGACAAUGCCUUAGAAAUUGUUUGCCCAGAAAUUGGUCGUCUGAGAGCUUUACGUCAUCUUCGAUUAGCUAAUAACCAACUGCAAUUCCUACCUCCAGAGGUUGGCGAUUUGAAGGAGCUGCAGACACUAGACAUUUCUACCAAUCGUUUGCUAACUUUACCCGAGAGGCUUCACAUGUGCCUUUCUCUGCAGUACCUCACUGUGGACCGAAAUCGUCUAUGGUAUGUGCCGCGCCAUCUCUGCCAGCUGCCCAGCCUCAAUGAGCUCUCCAUGGCUGGAAACCGUCUUGCAUUUUUGCCACUUGAUUUAGGUCGAUCUCGAGAACUACAAUAUGUAUACGUGGAUAACAACAUUCACCUGAAAGGCUUGCCAUCUUAUCUGUACAAUAAAGUCAUCGGGUGCAGUGGCUGUGGUGCUCCCAUUCAAGUUUCCGAGGUGAAGCUGCUUUCCUUUUCAUCAGGGCAGCGAACCGUUUUCCUCCCAGCCGAGGUGAAGGCCAUAGGGACGGAGCAUGAUCACGUCCUCCCUCUGCAGGAAUUGGCCAUGAGAAGUCUGUAUCAUACCUACCACAGCUUGCUGAAAGAUUUGAACUUUCUGUCUCCAAUCUCAUUACCCAGAAGUCUCCUGGAGCUGCUGCAUUGCCCUCUGGGGCACUGUCAUCGGUGUAGUGAGCCUAUGUUUACCAUCGUCUACCCCAAGCUCUUUCCCUUGAGAGAGACGCCAAUGGCAGGGCUGCACCAGUGGAGGACAACUGUUAGUUUUGUGGCUUACUGCUGCUCCACCCAGUGUCUGCAGACUUUUGACCUGCUGAGUUGAUAAACACUCAAGAGCCUCAGGAGCGCUGCCAGCUUGACACUGGGGAAUCCAGCCAGUCCAGCACACUCUUCCAUUCUGUCCUGUCCAAUGCGGGGGCACUGCAGAACUCUCUGGAAAUGUCGUGAUUGAGCUUCAGAGCUAAAAUGCCUUCACCCUUCCCCCAAGUUGGAAUAUAUCCUCCCCCAAAUUAAGGACCUGUUUGUCUUCUGUGUUUUUCCUUUUUAUGUGAGUGUGUCUUUUACACAAACCAUUUAGAUUGAUGGGCCUCCCCAAAUCUAAUUUAAAGCAAGUUUCAGGUGCCUGGAGAACAGUGAUUUGAUAAUCUAGCCAGAUUCCCUUUUGAACACGCAUACCUUCAAUGAUGCUUCCUCUCCUCUCCCUUGUUUUCCCUAGAGAGUUAUUUCCCUGAGAGCAUAUUCUCCACAGUGUCUCCAGUGGAAACUUGUUAGUUUUUGAGGAGUUUCAGAAAACCCCAUGGCCUCAAUGGUGGGGUGCCUGAGUUGGCGGCAAAGUGAGGCUCCCAUGGAGGCUCAGUGAGGAUCCCAGAGCACACACCCUCUGGAAGUUCCAGCCUUGUUUAUAAGUUUUACAAUGUAGCAACGGACUUUUGUGAGGGAUUUUAAAAACAAAAAUGUAGAUUGUAAUAAAAUACACUUCUUAUUUUUAAAAAAUGUUUGCAGAAAAAUGAUUUUGAAAUUUUUUAUUUUCUGAUAAGUUUUUUUUAUAUGAGAAGAAUUUGAGGAAUAUUUGAAGCUUUACAGGAUCUGAUUUUUUUUUCUUUCUCAAUAUAAACAGUUUCCAUACGAUGAGAAAGGGGGGAGAAAACACACAUUGAAAUAAGACCUCAGUGUUCUUUUUUGAUGGGUUUAUGAUUAAGUUUAUACUGACUUUGAAAUAUUUUUGUCACACGUGAAAGACAGGCUUCAGCUACUUCCACUACUAGUUUUUAACAGGAUGAUUCUAAGUACAAGCUGUGCACAUUUACUUGGUCACCUGAUGCAUGACAUUGUCUUCAUUUUGACCCUCGUUUCUUGUAUACUUAGCAUACUGUCCAGAUGCAACUGAGAAAAUACAGGAAAAGCAGGUCCAAAUUCAGCCUUGGACUUCUGCAAAAGUCCAUAAACAGAAAGUCUGUGAGCCUCCACCCUGCCAGAAAGAACUGCUCUUCAUGAAGGAGUCACGUAUUUGCUCUUCCUUUCAAAGGAUGGCAUUUUAAUGUUGCUUUGCUGCCAGAUGUUCAUCUGGUUGCUGUGAAGUGAUUCUUUUUUUAAAAUGUUUUUUAAUGAUGUAAGUUUUCUAAAAGGCAGGGCUGAAUGGAGAACUAAAGAUUUUCUUGGUAGAAAAAUUAUAUUUUUUAAAUUUCAGACUUAUCAAAAAUUUGGUUGAUGAAAUUUUUAUUAGCUGCCCUGACUUUAUAAUGCUACGCUCUAACAGUGCCAAAAAUCCUACAUAGUUACUGACAAAUGUGUGAUCUUUUUACAGUCACACCACCUGCUGCCCGGAAAGCACACCAUCCACGUAGAAUGGAGAAGGCAGAAAGUUACCAUGUGUUCCCACUGUAUCUGCACUGUUCUUACUUCCUCUUGUCCCUUUUCAUAACUUGGUCUAUUCAGCCUUAACAUUUCAAAGGCUUAUAGUAAAAUAGGAACUGAAGAUCUGUAUCAAAAUGUAACACUUUCAUCCUUUGGAAUAACUGAAGUUUUAACAUAACCUCUACAUGCAUAUAAGUUAGCCGGUGAAAAUGUGGCAUGAAACUUCACAAUUGUGCUUCAGGCCUAAGUGACUGCUACCUAUCAUUUAAGUGACAGUAAAUGUCUUGCUACAUUUUUCUAUUUCAUCCUUUACAAUCAUAUGUCAUGGAAUGGAGCUAUCAAAUGUGCUAACUUGGUAUUCAGGAUUCUCAUUGUGAUAAGGUAAUACAUUAGUUUUACCUUGUUUGAAAUUUUACAAAGAUGGUUAUAAUCCAAGCAUUCUUUCUCUACCUAACUACGGUGUGUUAAACAACAGCAGUGGGCUGGGCAGACAACCUUUGGGCAGUCUCAACCUUAAUCCUUGGGUAUAGCACCUGAACUUAAUUGAUGAGAAGUGGAACUUAAAUGGUUUCCCUGGUGCUGUUCAUUGUGGAAAUUUUAUGCUGGAUUCAUCGAUGUCAUUCUUAAUCUUUUGAUAUUAUAAAGGAGUGUUAUCAACU